AUGGGUACAUUGAUGGGUCAUAUUUUGCCAGGCACGUUCUUUGCCAUAUUUGCCAUAUGGUGGGGUUUCUGUGUCGCAACUCGACAUUUCCAUUCUCGUUACUCAUCAAAGAAAAACCGGAAGCCAACUCGUUAUCGUUCAACGACCACCUAUCCAUGUGUGUGUUGCUCAUCAUCUAUGCGACAGAUUCCGCUAGAAUCCUAUUUAAAAUUAAUCUGUGUCAGUAUUGGAAUCUUAGGUGAAGCUGUAACAGGUCUUAAACAUCCAUAUGAUGGUACAUUACAGCGUAAAACGUGGACAUUCGUGGAGGUGAAUGCUCAACACAUUACGAUGUUCUUCUCGUUUGGUUUUGCUUCUUUAAUUGAAAUUCUCGUUCAUGCCAAGUACGAUUUACCAAAAGGCAUCGAUUUUAUUGCCAAUAUAUUCGCAUUCGCCAUCGAAGGUGUUUUAUUUCAUUUUCAUUUGCACGGUCGAGACGAAAUCGACAUACACGCUCAUACACUACUUGUUUACAAUAUUGCAUUUUGCGUCCUAGCUGGUAUCUGGGAAUUCAAUCGUCCAAAUCAAAUUUUAGCAACCUACUGUCGGAUCGCUGCAACACUUUUACAAGGAGCCUGGUUUUAUGCAGCUGGUUUUAUACUUUAUUUUCCGUCAGAUGAUCCAUAUUGGAAAUGGACAGCAUCGCACGGUCAUAUAUUGAUUAUAACGGUUAUUUUCAUCUGGCUUGGAUUACUAUCGUGUAUUUUUCUUUUUCUUCAAUCCGCUUUUGUGUGGUCAGUCUUAAGACGAAGACAUCAUGAAUUCAAUCGUUACAGUGUGCUCGACGAAGAGGAUGACGACGAUGAUGAAGACGAUGUAUUGGGUGGAGAUGGAGAUGUCAUAAUAAAAUCGAACAAUCAUAAAUUAAAACCAUUGAAACCACGAAAUGGCAAUGCAAUCAUUGAUUUAAACGAUCAUGAGAAUACCGAUAGUGACAGUCAAAUCGAAUUUGAGCAGCGACAACAAUACUCACCAAAAAUCUAA